CCUGCUCCUGUCUAAACCCCAUUGCAAAGCAUGCCAGUAGCUGCAGAAGUUGCACACUGAAGUUAGCCUCGUUGCACUUAUUCGUAGUUCAACUGCAAGCCAACCAUGGCAGGCAAGAGGGCGUUAGUGAUCCUGUCUAAAGGUGCAGAGGAGAUGGAGACUGUUAUCCCUGUGGACAUCAUGCGUAGAGCUGGGAUUGCGGUGACGGUUGCAGGACUGACGGGCAAAGAGCCAGUCCAGUGCAGCAGAAACGUCGUCAUUUGCCCUGAUGCUAGCCUGGAGGAGGCCAGCACACAGGGGCCAUAUGAUGUGGUGCUUCUGCCAGGAGGAAUGCCAGGGGCCCAAAAUCUGGCAGAGUCUCCUGCUGUGAAGGAGGUGCUGAAGGAUCAAGAUGGCAGAAAAGGCCUGAUUGCAGCCAUCUGUGCAGGUCCCACUGCUCUCCUGGCACAUGGCAUCGGGUACGGAAGCACAGUCACUACACAUCCUGCCAUGAAGGAGAAGAUGAUGGCUGGAGACCACUAUAAAUAUUCAGAGGCUCGAGUACAGAAGGAUGGACAUUACAUCACCAGCCGUGGGCCAGGAACCAGCUUCGAGUUUGCCCUGACGAUUGUAGAGGAACUUAUGGGGGCUGAGGUUGCAGCACAAGUCAAGGCUCCUCUUGUUAUGAAAGACUGAAUGUAGCUGUGUUCACUUAUAUCCUGCAAGCAGCAAUGCCCGCUAUAUACUGCAAGUCUGGUACUACUGACACAGCUAAUCCAAUGUAGCUGGCACAAGGAGUCAAAGUCACUAGAGACAAAUCACGCUCCCCUGGGGACAUAUGGAUGUUUCUGUUCUGACAGGUUAUUGUCUUUCUUAGUCGGCAAUGAAAGGCACCCUUUUGUUAUUAAACACUGAAAAACAACCUGGAUAAUCACUGCACGGGGUUUCCAAAUGAGAUUAAAAUCACUUUGUUUAAUUGUAGUUUCCCCCUCCAAAUGCUUGCUUAUUAUAUUAACAGCUCAUAUUGUUUCACUGGUCAAUAAAACAUCAAUGUGACAAAA